AUGGCCGAAGUUGUCCCAGAAACGAUGGAAUUAACUAAGUUAGAAGAAGAGUAUGAUACAGUAAUGCAAGAGAUUGAAAAACUUCAACAAGAGAAUAUAAGUAUGACGAACAGGCUAAAGGAAUUAGAAACAAAUCCAAGUGAUAAUAUCGCAGAAAUGAAUUCCAACGAAAAUACUGUUAUUGGUUUUAGCGAUAAUGAUAUGAAAAUGCAAGGAAGUGCUGAAAAAUAUAAUGAAAAAUAA